AUGACGUCUCAACAUUCCCGGCGGUCACGCGAGACCACCUCCAAGAUGACGAUCGGUCGCUAUACUCGCCUCGACGAAAUCGGGCGAGGGAGCUUUGCGACGGUCUAUCAGGGCAUGCACACGCGUACCAAGACCUUUGUGGCGAUCAAGUCCGUCAACCUCGUGAGACUCAACAGAAAGUUGAAAGAGAAUCUUUCCUCCGAAAUCGAUAUUCUCAAGGGCCUCCAGCACCCGCAUAUCGUCGCGCUCAUCGACUGCCAUGAGUCAACCCAACACAUCCACCUGAUCAUGGAAUACUGCGCCCUGGGGGACCUGUCAUUAUUCAUCAAGCGGCGGGAAUCCCUAGGCAGUCAUUCAUACACACGAGACAUGAUCAAGAAAUACCCAAAUCCACCAGGCGGAGCGCUGAACGAGGUCGUGGUCCGACAUUUCCUGAAGCAACUGACCAGUGCUCUGCGCUUCCUGCGGGAUCGAAAUCUCAUCCAUCGAGACAUCAAGCCCCAGAAUCUCUUGCUUUGCCCGGCACCCGCAUCAUACCGAUCGGGUGUAGCGACGGUGAUUCCAUACAAAGGCAGCGAGAACUCGUAUGACCCGACAACAGGGCUAGAGACCUUGCCGAUGUUGAAGAUUGCAGACUUUGGAUUUGCCCGUUCCUUGCCAGCGACCUCAUUGGCAGAAACCUUGUGCGGAUCACCGCUUUAUAUGGCGCCCGAGAUACUGCGGUAUGAAAAGUAUGACGCCAAGGCCGAUCUAUGGUCAGUGGGUACAGUUCUCUACGAGAUGGUGGUAGGACGGCCUCCAUUCCGCGCGCAGAACCACGUCGAAUUACUACGGAGGAUCGAGAAGGGAGAAGAUAAGAUUAACUUUCCGGAGGACAACAAAGUCUCGGAAGACAUCAAGAAUCUGAUUCGAGGUCUUUUGAAAAAGAAUCCCGUGGAGAGAUUGAACUUCCCCGAGUUUUUCAACAACAAAGUGAUCACCGAAGUGAUUCCAGGCUUGUUGCCUGACGAUGAGUACCGACAACCAGCUGUCGAUCCUACUCAUGUCCCAGGACCCUCGCGCGCCAAUUCUCGAUCAGAAGUGCCGACUCGGCUGGAGAACAAAGCUCCGGAAUCGCCCUACCCUGAUGAGCCGGAGGAAACCUUCGCUUAUCCCGCAUCACACAAGCAAACGUCCACUCGGCAGAGGACCGAAACUCCACCGACUGCUUCACUGAUGCGCCGUAUGGGAAGUACAGACAGGCCGGUCUCAGGUGCGAAAGAUCAACCACGAGGAGGCACUCCGCCACACCGACCAAACCCGGUCUCGUACGUAACUGCGCCUGGUCGACAGGAGCACGUGGAUCGCAAUCCUACGGCGGUCAUAGAGCGACAGAGAUCGCAAAAUACGUACUCCGGCUCUGCAAAAUCAACUGCGGACUCCCGGUCUGCAGAGGAGCGAGAUCGGGCGGCCCAGGAGGUCGCCUUUGAGAGGGACUACGUGGUGGUAGAGAAGCGUGCGGUUGAGGUGAACGCAUUUGCGGACGAGCUGGCCCAUAGCCCGCGAAUUCAAGGGGGACUGUCUCGAGGCCAGGCAGGGAAUGUGUCUCGCCGCGCGACAACGCAGGGCUUACCAACUGUGUCGUCCACGUCUCCGCAUGCGCCUAAUUCGAAAGCGAUGCAGGUCGUAUCGGGUCGUGCUCGCGCCGACUCAACGCAUCAACGCCAGCAUUCAUAUGAGCGCCGAUACGGGCAGAGCCCAUCUUCGGCGACAUCAGCCAUCUCGAAAGCUCUUAAUAUGGCCAGUGGCCGCUUGUUUGGGAUGGGCUUUUCGCCUCCACUGGCUAUCACCAAGGGUGGGCGAUCGCCACCUCUGGCCUACAACCCGUUCCCGGCAUAUCCAGCCGGACCGGGGAGUUUGAUGCUUCUGGGAGAUUCUCCCAAUAAGAACAACGCUAUCCUUGACGAGGACUGCCGGACAGUCAACAUAAUCGAGGAAUGUGCUACACGAAGUGACGUUGUGUAUGGAUUUGCCGAGGUCAAAUACAAGCAACUUAUCCCCUUGGCUCCGUCUGCACAGGGUGAUCCAGUCGCGGACUCUGAUUCCAAUGAUCCCGAUGGGUUGACAGUCGAUGCGAUUGUGACUCUCUCUGAAGAGGCCUUGGUUCUCUACGUGAAAGCCCUGUCUUUGCUUGCAAAGUCUAUGGACAUCGCGGGUGCCUGGUGGUCUCGUAAGAACCGUGAGGAAUCCUACGGAGAUUCUGGAGCCCGAGGUGACAACACUGCGCUUGCCGGCGCUCGGAUCAACAAUGUGGUUCAGUGGGUGCGCGGCCGAUUUAAUGAAGUUCUGGAGAAGGCUGAAUUUGUGCGCCUGAAACUCAUCGAGAGCCAGAAGCGUUUGCCACUGGAUCACCCUGGUCACCCAAACAACCACUCCGUCGAAUCAACAUCCACGUCCACCGGCUCUGCCGAUGUGGUAGUCAGCGCCGGCGUCACAGCAGAGAAGCUGAUGUAUGACCGUGCAUUGGAAAUGAGCCGAGCCGCCGCCAUCAAUGAGCUGACGAGCGAAGACCUCGCCGGUUGCGAAAUUGCCUAUGUCACGGCCAUUCGGAUGCUGGAGGCUGUCAUCGAAGACGAUGGACUACGAAAUUCGGCCGAUGGUACCUCUCAUGGUAGCCAAGUGGACGGACUCCAAGGCGAAAACCGACAAACUGUGGUGAAAAUGGUGUCUAGUAUGCGUGGGCGCCUGGCUUCUCUUCGAAAGAAGCUGGCCAUCCUUGCGAAGCGGACAUCAGCACCGACUCCCACCGCGGGCAGUAUGGGUCGAAUGCCUUCAUCUAACCUAGUUCCCGCAUCACAAGCCACACCACCCCGUUAA